AUGAGUGAAGAAACAGCUGAGUUUGGACCCAACUCCACUCUGUCCUUCGGGAUAGCCUUCGACACAGCCUACUGGACCGCCAUCUCCCAUUUUGUCAUCUGGGGAUCCCUGGUCCUCUAUUUCUUCGUCUGCUUCCUCCUCUACGAAUGGCUCCCCGUGUCCUGGAUUGUCAAAACAUCGUCUUCCAUUUCAUUCGGUGUCGUGUAUCGAACAAUGGUCACUCCGCACUUCUGGUUCUCUCUUCUCAUGGUUUCUGUUGUUUUGCUCCUUCCAGUGAUGCUCAACAGAUUCUUCUGGUUGGAUACUCAUCCAUCAUUCGCCGAUAGGUUGAGAAUACGGAGGAAAAUGGGCAAGAAGCCGUCGACUAAGGAUGAUAAAAAAACCGCCUUCAAACGUACCGCUGCCACGCGUCGGAGUGUCCGUGGAUCACUUCGAAGUGGAUAUGCAUUCUCUCAUUCUCAAGGAUUCGGAGAGCUUAUUCUCAAGGGAAAACUGUUCAAAAAUGUGGAGAAUUUGCGUGGAAAGAACAAUUCUGGUUCGAAGAUCCACCCGACUUCUGAUGACUAUCAACCGAUUCUUGUUUCAAGUGUACCGGAGAGUAGCGAAGGCUCCUCAUCAGGCACCCCUUCAAUGCAUCUUCCAAUUGGAAAACACCCUGAAAACGUACCUCAUACAUUGAAUGUAAAUACAGAAGACUGGUCUCACUCCGAUUUCCGACCGUCUUACGCCAAGGAGCCAUCCCCUUUGCAGGAUACAGUAAUACGUGGAGAUGGGCGGAGACAAAGAGCCAUUUCACGGGAAACUCAGGCCGAAGAACAACCAGACGUGAUCAUUGAGCAUCUCUAG